AUGUCUAAAGAAUCCAAAGAGUCUAAAGAGUCUAAAGAGUCUAAAGAGUCUAAAGAGUCUAAAGAGUCUAAAGAGUCUAAAGAGUCUAAAGAGUCUAAAGAGUCUAAAGAGUCUAAAGAGUCUAAAGAAUCUAAAGAGUCUGAAGAGUUUAAAGAGUCUAAAGAAUCUAAAAAUUCUAAGAAGCCUAAGGAACCUAAAGAGCCUAAAAAUUUAAAGAGCCUAAACAGCCCAAAGAACCUAAAGAAGCCUAAAGAGCCUAAAGAACCUAAAGAGCCUAAGGAAAUUAAGGAACACAAAGAACCUAAAAAACCAGAAAACCUAAAGAGUCUAAAGAUUCUAAAAAGUCUAGACAGCCUACAUUAUCUAAAGAGCCUAAGAAUAUGGAGAGAUCUAAAAGAUCGAAAGGGUCUAAAGAGUUUAACGAGUCUAAAAAGUAUAGAGUCUACAGAAUCUAUUGGUUCUAAAAAUUCGUCAGAGUUUAAAGAGCCUAGAAAGUCCAAAGAGUCCAAAAUUUCUAAAGAGUCUAAGAGUCUAAAAAGCCAAAAAAGGCAAACGAGCCCAAAAAGCCCAAGAAGCUUAAAGAGUCUAAACAACCUAAAGAAGCUAAAGAAGCUAAAAAUCCAAAGAGCCUUAAGAGUUUAA